AUGACAAGCGCUUGCAUUUGGCAAGUAUCUUCCGAAAGUGGAAAUGAAAGUAGUCUUCCGGUUUUGGAGUCUUCCUCGAGCAGUGAAUCAUUGGCUACGUUUAGAGCCGAAAUAGCGGCCGAUAACGAAGCUGAGAUUUAUGCUCGCAUACGGAGUCUCCAGAGCCGUGAUUACUACAACCUUCCUCCCCAGAAUAAUCCCGGGGAGUAUGAGGGGCUUGAUCACAAUAACUUCGAGCAAGCUAUUGAUGUGCCCCAUUAUAGGGCCAUACUUGAUAGAGAAUAUUUUGAACUCACAGUAUUAGAAAGAAAGGGUCUAUUGCAAGAUAGGCUCUUCGAUCUUAUGUUUGGUGAGCAAAAGAUUUAUCGUAUCAUGGAACUUUCGCCAUAUACGAAUAUAAGGGCGGAGGCGUACGACUUCCUUGAGGGUAAGGUGGAGCCGGUGAGCUCUUUGCAACAUUCCUUCCAACGGGAUAUCAUGGACGGGAGUCUGAAUUUCUUUAUUCAGGAUAUAAACCAAAGCGGUAGAAAUUCACAAAUAUACCGUGAAUUCUACUCCCACUUUACCGAUGAGGGAUUCCGCCUCAAGUUCGGAUUACCCCUACCUUAA